AAAGAAGCUGUAGCAGGAGAGAAACGCUUUGCAGCCGCUGGAUCCUGCAAGUGGAGGGGAGUUGCCUCCUUUCAUAGCCAUGUUAAUAAAGGCAGCUUUUCAGAGACAGAGAUGACUCAAGAGAAGGGGAAGGAGAUGGAAGAGCAGGACCCAGAAGGAGCUGGAGCUGGCAAGAGAGCAAGGAAGAGUCCCCAUCCCAUCCCACCUGGAAGUGGUGCUGAAUUCUGGGAAAGAGCUGUGCCAGAGGUCCUGUCUAAAGACACCACGACCUCAGAUGUACACUGCCAAUACUUCCGGCAGUUCUGCUACAAUGAGGCCGAUGGGCCCCGAGAGGUUUGCAGCCAGCUCCAUGGACUUUGCAGCCAGUGGCUGAAGCCGGAGAGGCACACCAAGAAGCAGAUCCUGGACCUGGUGACUCUGGAGCAGUUCCUGACUCUCCUGCCCCAGGAAUUGCAGGGCUGGGUCAGAGGAUGUGGGCCGGAGACCAGUUCCCAGGCGGUGGCCCUGGCCGAAGGUUUCCUCCUGAGUCAGGCAGAGGAGAAGAGGCAGGCAGAACAGAUGCGAGGACCACCUUUGGAGAUGGAAGCUGCAAUCCCUGAGGCAGAAAGAGCUUCCUUGGAGCAAGGGCAGAGGGUGCCGGCGGUGGAGCGUGCCCAAGAUGCCCUCUCCUGUGGAACAGGCAGUGAAGAGAUGCUGUUGAGCCUUCGUCUUUUCAGAGGGGUGGAAACGGCUGCUGCACCUGCAAUCCAAGGUCUCUCGGCCCCCGCCAGACUCACUGAGAAGUCCUACGAGGAGGUCGUCAGGUUCCUCACGGGCCGUUUCUUACCCCAACCUUCACGGGUGGCCUGCCGGUUCCUCUUUCACAAGAGGGACCAAGCCCAGGGAGAAUCAGCCGCCGACUACCUGGCUGCCCUACGACAGAUUGCAGGCAACUGCAACUUUUCAAACAUGGAGGAGACCCUGGCAGACCGGUUUACGUGGGGCCUACGAGACGAGAGGCUCCAACAGAAGCUCUUCGCGAAGGAAGAACUCACACUUCAGAGCGCCUUCAGCGAAGCCGUGGCAUUCGAGAGGACCACCUGGACCUUCUCCAAAGCGAAGACUGAGGCCAUCCACCAAGAGGAGCUGGACCCCGACCUCUUGGAUAACGGGGCAGCUUUCACCUUGGGGGACUUCCAGGAGUUCUUCCAGAGAUAUCUGAUCAGGCACGUAAGGUCCGCACCCUUCCACCCGGCCACCAACGGCCAAGCGGAGCGAAUGGUCGGCACGACCAAAGAGGCCCUUGGCCGAAUCGUGCAGGGUGACUGGACUACAGACUAG